ACAAUUUUCUUCAGUUGAAGAAAACCCUAGCCAUGGCGGAGAUUGGAGUCACAUUGGUAGUAGGAAACGACGGCGUUGCUGUCAUCACCAUCUCCAAUCCUCCCGUCAACGCCUUAGCUAUUCCCAUAAUUGCUGGAUUGAAGCAGAAAUUCGAAGAGGCUACGGCGAGAUCGGACGUUAAGGCCAUUGUUGUGACCGGCAAGGGUGGAAGGUUUUCUGGCGGAUUUGAUAUCAAUGUUUUCGAGAGAGUUCAUAAGACUGGUGACAUUUCUCUUUUGCCUGAUGUAUCGGUUGAUCUUCUUAUCAACAUUAUUGAAGAUUGCAAGAAACCUGUUGUCGCCGCUGUUGAAGGGUUAGCUCUUGGAGGUGGCUUAGAAUUGGCAAUGGGUUGUCAUGCACGCAUAGCUGCCCCAAAAACUCAACUAGGCCAGCCAGAGUUAACACUAGGGGUGAUUCCUGGUUUUGGAGGCACACAACAUCUUCCAAGGCUAGUGGGGCUGUCAAAGGCCAUUGAGAUGAUGCUGUUAUCAAAACCAAUCAUGUCUGAAGAAGGGAAGAAGCUAGGUCUUAUUGAUGAUAUUGCUUCUUCUCAAGACUUACUGACCGUAUCCAGGCUCUGGGCUUUAGAGAUUGCAGAGAGACGUAAGCCAUGGGUGUGCUCUCUUCACAAGACAGACAAAAUUGGUUCUCUAUCUGAAGCUCGGAAGGUAUUAAGAACGGCCAGAGAACAAGCCAAAAAGACUGCACAAAAUAUGCCUCAGCACCAGGCAUGCCUUAAUGUAAUUGAAGAAGGCAUUGUCCAUGGUGGGUAUAGCGGUGUUCUGGAGGAAGCUAGAGUGUUCAAGGAGUUAGUCCUCUCAGAAACUUCAAGAGGUCUUGUUCAUGUUUUCUUUGCCCAGCGUGCUACAUCAAAGGUACCAAAUGUCACUGAUAUUGGUCUUAAACCAAGACACAUGAAAAAAGUUGCCAUAAUUGGUGGAGGCCUAAUGGGUUCUGGAAUAGCUACAGCUCUAAUUUUAAGUAACAUAUAUGUUUUUCUCAAGGAAAUAAACUCUGAAUAUCUUCUCAAGGCGAUAAAAGCUGUAGAAGGAAAUGUUCGAGGCUUAGUAAGUAGAGGAAAAUUGACAAAGGAUAAGGCAGAAAAGGCCCUUUCAAUGCUCAGAGGAGUACUGGACUACUCCGAAUUUAAAGAUGUAGACAUGGUCAUAGAAGCAGUCAUUGAGAACAUUCCAUUGAAACAAAAAAUAUUUAGUGAAAUCGAGAAGGCAUGCCCUGCUCAUUGCAUUUUAGCCACCAACACAUCUACUAUUGACCUCAACUUACUUGGAGAAAAGACCAACUCACAAGAUCGUAUUAUUGGGGCACAUUUUUUCAGUCCAGCUCAUGUGAUGCCUCUUCUUGAGAUUGUACGAACAGAGAAAACUUCCCCACAGGCCAUUCUUGAUCUCAUGACAAUUGGGAAAACAAUAAAGAAAGUUCCUGUAGUAGUUGGUAACUGCACUGGCUUUGCGGUCAAUCGAACAUUCUUUCCCUACACACAAGGUUCACAUAUUCUGGUCAAUUUAGGUGUGGACGUGUUCAGAAUUGACAGGAUAAUCAGCAAUUUUGGCUUUCCUAUGGGCCCCUUUCAGCUUCAGGAUUUAACAGGAUAUGGAAUAGCCUUGGCAGCUGGGAAAGAAAUUGCAAAUGCUUUCCCUGAUCGAACAUUCAAGUCUCCAUUGGUUGAACUCCUGGUGAAAAAUGGGCGAAAUGGAAAAAAUAAUGGAAAAGGAUACUACAUUUAUGAAAGAGGAAGCAAACCAAAACCUGAUCCUUCUGUGCUGUCUAUCAUCGAGGAGUCUAGACGGUUUGCCAACAUUAUGCCUGGUGGAAAGCCUGUAUCGGUUACGGACAAAGAAAUUCUGGAGAUGAUACUUUUUCCAGUUGUUAAUGAGGCCUGCCGUGUUCUUGAAGAAGGCAUGGUGGUUCGAGCAUCUGACCUUGAUAUUGCAUCUGUUCUUGGAAUGAGCUUCCCAUCUUACAGAGGGGGAAUCCUGUUUUGGGCGGAUGUCAUUGGGCCAAAACAUGUGUUUACAAGCCUGAAGAGAUGGUCAGAAAUGUACGGUAGCUUCUUUAAGCCAUCAAGAUAUUUGGAAGAAAGAGCAAUGAAAGGCAUCCUGUUGAGUGAACCAGCCUCAUCAUCUCUGAAGUCAAGAUCAAAGCUGUAGGCAAAUUUAUGCUUCAUCCUAUGUUAAGCAUAUUGUGGUCGAGAGAAACCACAAUGUGUAAUAAUAAUCUGGCUCGGUUUCUUCUUUCAAAAUCUUUUUCCAGGUUGAGUUGAGUAUCGAGUUAGAAUGCACCAUGAACAAUUUGUAAAAGAAAAAAAAAAAAAAAGAAAAAUUUUGUUUUACAGUUUGGAUUAUACUAAAUUGUAAAACAAGAAUUAUUGGAUGGAGAGGAUUUUAAUAUUAGGCAUGGUCGAGCAUCUGACCUUGAUAUUGCAUCUCUUCUUGGAACGAGCUUCCCAUCUUACAGGCAAGUGACCAUACCAUAUGUGGAUCAUUUUCUUGGUACGUCUGUUAAUUACUUACAACAACGAGUUGCCGUGGCUGAAGAGAUGGUCGGAAAUGUAUGGUAGCUUCUUUAAUCCAUCAAGAUAUUUGGAAGAAAGAGCAAUGAAAGGCAUUCUGUUGG